GCACAAUUCCAUAUGACUUGUGAAGAAACCAAGGCCCACAAGGAUUGUCACAGAAGCAGAUAAAAUACAAUGGCACAGAUGCCAGAACUCUUGGAAGGCACAGUGUUUUGGGCAAGACCCCACCUGGGAGACGCCGUCUACUGCAUCGUGCCGGGAGGCAUCUAACAGCCAGCAGUGCUAACAGGCUAAUGGGGAAUCUCUUUUAACUUCUAUACAAAAGUAAGAGCCGCCAGGCUUUCCGGUCAGUUUCCUAACGCUGUCAAAGUCAGCUGCGCACCGGGCCCGCAGUUAGGGCUCUUCCCCGGGAGACGCCUGCCGGUCUUAGCCCCCGCUCCGCGUGUCCCGGGCCGGUCCCGGCCAGGCCUGGGCGGCCCCAGGGGCGGAACCGAUAGUGUCUGGCACUGCGCUCGACGUCGCUCGCCCGGACGCUGAAUCCCGGAGCACCGGGCGCCCGCAAGGACACUGUUCUCCUUGGCUUCCGGCCGCAAGCUGCUUUGCUGCCGCGGUCACACCCGGAAUUCCCGGUGCCGCCGCCGUUACAGUCGGCGCCCCCAGCUCUGCCGCUGCCAUGGGGAUCUUGGAAAAGAUCUCAGAGAUCGAGAAGGAGAUUGCUCGGACGCAGAAGAACAAGGGUAAUGAAGUUGUAAUGAAGCAGUAAGAUGCUCACACCUCUGGGUGAAAUCACUAAGGAUGUGGUGGGCAUGAUGCACCAGUGCAGGUGUGUUGUAUUGGCCACUCAGAUAUCCUGCAAGAGGCACUGCUGUGACAGCCUGGUAUCCUGGAAUGCCACUGAGUACCAUCUGGGCCUGCUGAAAGCAAAACUUGCCAAGUAUCGGGCCCAGCUCCUGGAACCAUCCAAAUCUGCCUCAUCCAAAGGGGAAGGCUUCGAUGUCAUGAAGUCAGGCGAUGCCCGUGUGGCACUGAUUGGAUUUCCCUCUGUGGGUAAGUCCACCUUCUUGAGUCUGAUGACCUCUACAGCCAGUGAAGCUGCAUCCUAUGAGUUCACCACUCUGACGUGUAUUCCUGGGGUCAUUGAAUAUAAAGGCGCCAAUAUCCAGCUCCUGGACCUUCCUGGAAUCAUUGAAGGUGCAGCCCAAGGGAAAGGCCGUGGCCGGCAGGUGAUUGCUGUGGCACGCACAGCUGAUGUUGUCAUCAUGAUGCUGGAUGCCACCAAGGGAGAGGUGCAGAGAUCCCUUCUGGAGAAAGAGCUGGAGUCCGUGGGCAUCCGCCUCAACAAGCACAAGCCCAACAUCUACUUCAAGCCUAAGAAAGGUGGUGGCAUCUCCUUUAACUCAACGGUCACACUGACCCAGUGUUCGGAAAAGCUGGUGCAGCUCAUCCUGCAUGAAUAUAAGAUCUUCAAUGCAGAAGUGCUCUUCCGAGAAGACUGUUCCCCGGAUGAAUUCAUCGAUGUGAUCGUGGGCAACCGGGUGUACAUGCCCUGCCUGUAUGUUUAUAACAAAAUCGACCAGAUCUCCAUGGAAGAAGUAGACCGCCUGGCCCGAAAACCUAACAGUGUGGUCAUCAGCUGUGGCAUGAAGCUAAACCUGGACUACCUGCUGGAGAUGCUUUGGGAAUACUUGGCCUUGACCUGCAUCUACACCAAGAAGAGAGGACAGAGGCCGGACUUCACGGAUGCCAUCAUCCUCCGGAAAGGAGCCUCUGUGGAGCACGUGGGCACCAGCACCAAGUACAGCCCACAGCGGGUGGGCCUGACCCACACCAUGGAGCAUGAAGAUGUCAUCCAGAUCGUGAAGAAAUAACUAAUGGCUUCCACCAGACCUCCUACCCAUCAGCCUCAUCUCCCUGGGUAGUCAGACCCACUGGGAUACACAAAUGCCCAAACAGGAAAAAUGCAAAUCCAUACACCCCAGGAAGUCUCUGCUGUUCCCAGAGUUUCUUCAGUAGCCAAUGAAAUGUGUUGGGGGCAGAGGGGUGAAGUGGGGGGGAUUUCCAAAGCUAAUCCCUCUACUGGGGGCUCUGAGUUUGGAGUCCUGGCCUGCCUGUAGACCCCCAACCCCUUUGGACACUGAGGGGGCAGGUUACCUAGCCGCCUCCCAAUUGGGGCCAAACACGGACACGCUCAGUGCUGGGUUGGGCACUGCCCGGGUCCCUGGAUGCGUGGAUACUGCCAGGGUGCCUGCUCCCUCGGCUCCUGCCAGCAUCACCUCCCACAUGCAAAGGACUGUCCCACAGUGGGAAUCAGCUCACACCCUCCACAGCCUGAGUGGUGUCUUAAAGUGCCUCCCCCUACCCUUCCUCCCAGGGCAGACUUGGCCCAGGACAAAACCCCAGGACUUGGGGCUCUAAACACCUAGGGUGGGGAUUUCUGAGUGUCUGUUAUUUUCUCUCUAAGCUCCCAGCUCUUCUUUCUGAAAUAAAGGAUUAAAAAUG